GCUCAGCUCACAGGAGGGGGGACUCCUGAUGGAGCUGGGAUGGACCGCCACAGGAUUGGUGGAUGGCUGCUCUCGGUGUGGCGCCAUGCCAAGCCCUUAUGUCUUUAUAUACUGUAAACAGAUGACCGGACAGUCCUGAGUGUGCAUUGCAUCCACUCUGCCUCUCUCCAUCUCUGCUGCUGCUGCUGUCCUUGGGGCCCCUGUCAAUCUUUUCACUCCAUCAUCCACCAGGGCUUCUUCUCCUCAGCUCCAGCUGUCUCCUCUUUCCCGGCUGUGAAAAAUAAUGGCCACGCCGAACCUGCUCCUCGCUUUAUCUCUGUGGCUUCUGGCUGGGAGCCUCUUAUUAGCGGAGGCGACUUACUACCGGCACCACCGCUACAUCCCCCACUUCUACCGCUACCGGGAGCACUCCGCCAACACGGAAAACCUCCUCCCAGAGGUAUCCAACCCGGCGCCUGAAGUCUCGCAGCCCGGCGCACCGACCUACCCCCAGAUCCCCGAGGUGUUCCACCCUGCACCUGAAGUCAUUCACCCCAUACCAGAGGCUUUUCACCCGGUGCCCGAAGUGGUGCAUCCUGCACCUGAGCCUUACCAGCCACCUGAGGUCUACCAGCCGGUGCCUGAAGCCUCCUCACCUGUCAGCCGGGUUUUCUACGGUGUCAUGUUUGACGCUGGGAGCACAGGCAGCAGGAUCCACAUCUAUAAGUUCAUCCAGAAAGACCCUGUUGAGCUGCCAGUUCUGGACAAUGAAAUUUACCAUGCGGUGAAGCCUGGACUGUCUGCUUAUAAGGACAACCCUGAGGAGGGUGGCAACACCAUCCGUCAGCUGUUGAAGAUCGCCAAGAAGGCAGUGCCCGAGGAUGAAUGGAGUAGGACCCCGGUGGUCCUGAAGGCCACGGCGGGUCUGCGUCUGCUGCCUGAAGACAAGGCCAAUGCUCUCCUGAAGGAGGUGCGAAAGGUAUUUCAUGAGUCCCCUUUCUUUGUGCCAAACAACAGUGUUUCCAUCAUGAACGGAGCAAAAGAAGGAGUCCUCGCCUGGGUCACAGUGAACUUCCUCACAGGUCACUUGUACUCCAACACCAAGAGGACAGUGGGCAUCCUGGAUUUGGGUGGAGGAUCCACUCAGAUCACAUUCCUUCCUAAGUCAAAGAAAACGAUUCAGAGUGCUCCCCCCAGUUACAUUGCCUCUUUCAACCUCUUCAACCAUACUUAUCAACUCUACACGCACAGCUACCUUGGAAAUGGACUGUAUGCAGCUCGACUGGCAACCCUCGGAGCACUGGGAGCUGAUGGUCUAGAUUGGAAAGUCUUCACUAGUUCCUGCCUUCCGAAAAAAUUCAGAGAAGAUGUGACUUUUGGAGGAACCACCUACAAAGUUAGCGGGAUUCCAGACGGCUAUGCAGGCUACAAGCUGUGCUACUAUGAGGUGAUGAAGGUAAUCAAAGGAAUAGUGCACCAGCCUUAUGAAGUGAAGGGCAGCAGUGUAUUCUAUGCUUUCUCCUACUACUUUGACAGAGCUGUGGAGUCUGGCCUCAUUGAUGGGAGUCGAGGUGGUGCGGUUGAAGUCAGAGAUUUCAAGAAGAGAGCCAAAGAAGUGUGCAACAAAAUGACCAAAUACCGUGCUAUCAGCCCCUUCCUCUGCAUGGAUAUGACAUAUAUCACUUGUCUGCUAAAGGAGGGCUUUGGUUUCAAGGACAGCACUGUGCUGCAGCUGGCCAAGAAGGUGAACAAUGUGGAGACAAGCUGGGCCCUGGGAGCAACCUUUGACUACUUCAGAAACCUCGACAUCCACUAAGGACAGCUCGCUGUCACUGCAGCCGGCACUGAGAGGGACAGUCUGUCACUGUGGGGCUUCCCUUCCUCCGCCCACCCUCGAUCAGCCCGUCCCCCUCACAGACACACCCGGUCCCACCACACUUCCUCAUCCACCACGCCCCUCCUCUUUUUCUCAACCUCAGCACCCUGCGAACACUCUGAGAACUGUUGAAAAAAAAAAUCACUAUAUUUUUUUAAGGCCAGCUAUUUCUACUGUAUAUUAAGCUCAUAACUGGUGGGCUGAUUUUAUUUUAUUUUUUUCUGUCAAACGUUUACAUUUUUGGUUCCUUAUGGGUGUCUGAUCUUAAAUGUUGUUCUCACCUACCUGCUAAGUGUGUAAAGGGUAGUUAAGAAGCAAUACAACCCGUCAUGGUAUUCUGGUGCUUACUGUGGUCCUGGUGUGUACUGUACACUACAGGGGAAUUUAUUUCGACACUCGUUGCUUUAAGUGCAACUGUAGUUGUCUUUCUAAAUGCUUGUAAAUCAAUCAUCUUCCUACUCUGGCAGUAAAUUAUUUUACAGGACCAUAAUUAACUCUUUUGCCCCUAGUCUUAGACACAUUAGACAACAUUGGACAUAGAGCUUCAACUUUGCACAUAACACUUUAAUUGCAGAUAUUGUAGCUAAGACAUGAUUGGUUGCUUUGAUGUUUCGACUGAAGAGUUGUACAUAUUCAUUAGGUGGUGGUGGUGGCGUAUUUGCCAUGACAGAAGGGAUCUGAGAAAACACCGUGGAGAGCUGCCUCUCAGAUUGUGUUGUGCAGCUGGUACAUGUGAGGUUUAUGCCUGUAUUUUAAAGUUCAGCCAUUAUUGUUUGUUGUGUCUAGAGUGGAAGAGAGCGUAUCGAGUACGGCUAAAUUGCUGGGGCUGAAGUGUAUUUUAGACUAGCAACAGAAAAACCUCUCAUCAAGGGUAAACAGUGCAUCCAUCAACAUAAUUUACAGCAAAAAUGUAAACAGAAAUUAUGUAAAAAGUCUGAAUUGCCUGACUCCUUCAUUUGUUCCUGGUCGCUCAAAAAUAUUAGUAAUAUUCAAUUCUGUUUGUCGUUUGACUUGUGAACUGUACAAAUAUUUAAAAAGUUUAUCUAAUGAAGAGUAUUUUAACUAUCCUCAUCCAAUAUUAACUCCUGAACUGUCUGUGUAACUGCUUUUUAAACCAUACCUUUGCCAUCUUUCCAGUAUUCAACACGAUCAAUAACUACUGCUGUAUAUACAUAAUGUAAACUUUUAUUUGUAAAAUCUUUUGACAGGAACUGCUUUUACAUUACAACAAUGUUCUGCUGCACAGUUUCACAGAAAUGCCUCUGUGUUCAUCAGUAUGAGUAACUUGAUGACUGACAAUAUGUAAAUUGUUUUUUAUUAAAUACAGUGAAAAAGUGUAUACUAUACAGCACAUGUAUGUUUUAAUAAAACAUAAAAAAUGUGCUUUGUGUGGACAUAUACUUUUUUAUAAAUUGAGACAGGCCUCUUGUAAUGAAAUUCCUCAUAGUGCCCAAUAGUAUGCUAUAGUCUGCAAUGUAACAAUGAGUGUUAACUCGUUUUAUCAAACUGCAAACAUUGGAUUCAUGAUGUCUGUGACUAAACAGUCUGCAUGCUAUUUCCUACACCUGAAAAUGAAGCAUUUCAGGUCUCCAUAUCAUAUCUGAAAAACAGGCCUCUCAGAACUUGGUCUAUGAACUGCAUCUGUAAAAUAAUGCACUAUUUUACAAUAAAAUCGGCUUUUGACAUGACAUGCAAAGAACUAUGUA